AGCUUUUUCUGAAAUUCAGAUUACAGUUUUGUCAAGCGGCUUAUUGCUGGACUACUAAGCUGAAACUUUCAGAUUUCCUAGAUUUUCAGUAUACGCUAUGGGAAAUACUUCUGGUGACGACAAGAUACUCAGCUAUGAAGAUGUUGUCCUCAGGAGAUCAGAUUUGGACAUCCUAAACGGACCCAAUUUUCUAAACGAUCGUGUUAUCGAGUUCUACCUAAGCUUCUUAUCCACAGUUCACAGUUCCCCUACCAUCUCACUAAUCCCUCCCUCCAUUGCUUUCUGGAUCUCAAACUGCCCCGACACUGAAUACCUCAAAGAUUUCAUGAAACCCCUUAAUUUGCGCGACAAAGACCUCCUGAUAUUCCCUGUAAACGACAAUUCAAAUGUCGAGGUAGCAGAAGGCGGAUUACAUUGGAGCUUACUUGUGUACUACAAAGAGGCCAACACGUUUGUCCAUCACGAUAGCUACAUGGGAGUGAAUAAAUGGAGCGCGAAACAGCUCUUCAAGGCGGUUUCGCCGUUUGUGUCUAAUGGAGAUGCAUCAUACAAGGAAUGCACUGAUACACCGCAGCAAAAGAAUGGGUACGACUGCGGUGUUUUCCUUCUUGCUAUCGCUCGGGUUAUAUGCGAAUGGUUCAGCGCUGGAGGAAUGAAGAAUCGGGAUGAGCUGUGGUUUACUAAUGUGAAGGAGACUGUACCAGAUUUGGUUAACCAUCUGAGAGAAGAGAUAUUGGGGCUGAUCAAGAGGUUAAUGUCUGAGGGUGUGAGUAAAUGAGAGAUGGUUAUUAAAUGUGGUUAGAUAUUCCGGUUGGAUGAUUUUAACUGUUGACCGGAAAUAAAACUUUUGAUAUUUU